AUGGCUUUCAUGGCGGUUCUCGAGUCAGAUCUUCGCGCUCUCUCCGCCGAGGCUCGCCGUCGCUACCCUGCUGUCAAAGACGGCGCUGAACACGCCAUUCUCAAGCUUCGUUCUUUGUCAAGUCCUGGUGAGAUUGCGCAGAAUGAGGACAUAUUGAGAAUCUUCCUGAUGGCUUGUGAAGUUAGAACUGUCAAGUUGAGUGUUAUUGGACUUUCUUGCCUACAAAAGCUUAUAUCUCAUGAUGCUGUUGCUUCAUCAGCUCUGCACGAGAUACUGUCUACAUUGAAGGAUCAUGCUGAAAUGGCCGAUGAGAGUGUUCAACUUAAGACCCUGCAGACUGUAUUAAUAAUAUUGCAGUCACCUUUACACCCUCAGACUGAGGACGAUAUGGCUCAAGCUCUUGGUAUAUGCCUUCGGCUUCUCGAACAUAGGUCCCCUGACAGUGUGCGCAAUACUGCUGCAGCUACUUUCAGGCAAGCGGUAGCACUGAUUUUUGAUCAUGUGGUUUGUGCUGAGUGUCUUCCUGCCGGCAAGCUUAGUUCUGGAGGUUACAUCUCUCGGACCAGUCCAGUUAGUGGUGAUGUCAGUUGCAGCAUCAAUCUUUCAGAGUCAAUGGAUGGAUCUGUUUCUGGACAGUCAUCAAUGAUGAGGGAGACACUAACUAAAGCUGGAAAGCUUGGGCUUCGUCUGCUUGAAGACCUGACAGCUCUUGCUGCAGGAGGAUCUGCAAUCUGGUUACGUGUCAGUUCUCUACAGCGGUCCUUUGCCCUUGAUAUACUGGAGUUUGUUCUGUCCAACUAUGUGGCUGUUUUCCGAACCUUGCUUCCUUAUGAGCAGGUCCUGCGUCACCAGAUAUGUUCAAUUCUAAUGACUUCACUUCGUACAAAUGCGGAGCUUGAAGGGGAAGCAGGAGAACCGUCAUUUCGUCGCUUGGUCUUGCGGUCAGUUGCCCAUAUCAUCCGGCUUUACAGUUCAUCUCUUAUCACUGAAUGCGAGGUCUUCCUUAGUAUGUUGGUGAAGGUUACAUUUCUUGAUUUGCCAUUAUGGCAUCGAAUUCUUGUUCUUGAGAUCUUGAGGGGUUUCUGUGUGGAGGCAAGGACAUUGCGGAUUCUUUUCCGAAACUUUGAUAUGAAUCCCAAGAACACGAAUGUUGUGGAGGGCAUGGUGAAAGCUCUUGCUAGAGUAGUUUCAAGUGUACAGGUUCAAGAGACUGGUGAGGAGAGCCUGGCAGCUGUUGCAGGGAUGUUUAACAGCAAAGCUAAAGGAGUUGAGUGGAGCCUUGAUUAUGAUGCAUCCAAUGCUGCAGUAUUGGUUGCUAGUGAAGCUCAUUCUAUAACCUUGGCAGUCGAAGGUCUGCUCGGUGUUGUCUUCACAGUGGCUACGUUGACGGAUGAAGCAGUAGAUUCCGGAGAGAUUGAAUCCCCCAGAUGUGAUUAUGAUCCACCUGCAAAGAAGACUGGAAAUGCUGCUCUUCUCUGCCUCUCAAUGGUUGAUUCAUUAUGGUUGACGAUACUAGAUGCGUUGUCCUUUAUUUUGUCAAGGUCUCAAGGUGAGGCAAUUGUGUUAGAAAUACUGAAGGGAUAUCAGGCCUUCACCCAGGCAUGUGGAGUACUUGGUGCUGUAGAACCUUUGAACUCCUUUUUAGCAUCACUUUGCAAAUUUACAAUCAUUUUUCCUGUUGAAGCAGAAAAAAGGAGCAUUACUCUACAAUCUCCUGGGUCCAAACGCUCUGAACAAGUAAUUGAUCAAAGGGAAAGUGUUGUUCUCACUCCUAAGAAUGUCCAGGCCUUGAGAACUCUCUUCAACAUUGCUCAUAGAUUACAUAAUGUGUUGGGCCCGUCCUGGGUUUUGGUAUUAGAAACGCUAGCUGCCCUAGACCGUACAAUCCAUUCUCCGCAUGCCACCACACAGGAGGUGUCCACGGCUGUGCCUAAACUUACAAGAGAAUCAUCUGGUCAAUCCAGUGACAUAAAUAUCCUUUCAUCUUUGAAUUCUCAGCUGUUUGAGAGCUCAGCUCUAAUGCACAUAUCUGCAGUAAAGUCCCUUCUUUGUGCACUGGGCCAACUGUCACAGCAAUGCAUGGCUGGUAUUUCAAAUGGAUCUGUACCCACAUCAAGUCAAAAAGUUGGAAACAUAAACUUUUCGGUGGAGAGAAUGAUAUCCAUCCUUGUCAAUAAUCUACACAGAGUGGAGCCAUUGUGGGAUCAAGUUGUUGGCCACUUUCUUGAGCUUGCGGAAAAUUCUAACCAGCAUUUACGUAAUAUGGCACUUGAUGCAUUAGAUGAAUCAAUAUGUGCUGUGUUAGGUUCAGACCAGUUCCCAGACAACACAUCAAGCAGAUCCAAUGGCUCAUCUCAGAGUAUUGUAACUGGGAUUACAAAUGUGGGAUCACUUGAAUGUGCUGUUAUAUCUCCACUAAGGGUUCUUUAUCUUUCCACUCAAAGUGUUGACUCACGUACUGGAUCUUUGAAAAUUCUUCUGCAUGUUUUAGAGAGGCACGGUGAGAAAUUACACUACAGUUGGCCAAAUAUUCUUGAAAUGUUGAGGUCUGUAGCAGAUUCUUCAGAUAAGGAACUCAUUACUCUGGGCUUUCAGUGCCUACGGGUGAUUAUGAAUGAUGGACUUUCUACUAUACCUGCAGACUGCCUUCAAGUAUGUGUAGAUGUGACUGGAGCAUACAGUGCUCAAAAGACAGAGCUGAAUAUAAGUCUGACAGCAAUAGGCCUCUUAUGGACAACAACUGAUUUUAUUGUAAAAGCUCUGAUCCAUGGACCUGGUGCGGAGAGGGAAACAGGGACUUCUGAUGUGCAUCCUAUUCUAAAGCAAUUGGAUGGUGACGUACCAAAAGAAAAAACAAUCAAUGGCUCAGAUAAUGCCAAUGAGCAAGUUCCCUUAUUAACCAUAGUUGACAGUGACAGACUGCUGUUCUCUGUUUUCUCAUUACUUCACAAGCUUGGAGCCGAUGAGAGGCCAGAGGUUAGAAAUUCAGCGGUCAGGACAUUAUUUCAGACACUUGGAAGUCAUGGGCAAAAACUUUCAAAAAGCAUGUGGGAAGAUUGCCUUUGGAAUUAUGUGUUUCCUACCCUUGAUCGUGCUUCUCACAUGGCUGCAACUUCAUCGAAAGAUGAAUGGCAUGGGAAAGAACUUGGCACUCGAGGAGGAAAAGCAGUUCACAUGCUCAUACAUCACAGUCGCAACACAGCUCAGAAACAGUGGGAUGAGACAUUAGUACUGGUCCUUGGUGGUGUAUCCCGUAUUUUACGCUCAUUCUUUCCUUUUCUUAGAAGUUUAAGCAACUUUUGGUCAGGAUGGGAAUCUUUGCUUUUAUUUGUGAAGAAUAGUAUAUUAAAUGGGAGCAAAGAGGUUGCCCUUGCUGCAAUAAGUUGCUUACAGACACCUAUUCUUUCUCAUUCUUCCAAGGGGAACUUGCCGACGCCUUACCUUGAAUCAGUACUUGAUGUUUACGAGCUUGUUCUUCAAAAGUCAACAAACCUGAGUGGAAAUGCAGCCAGCAAGGUGAAACAGGAGAUUCUGAACAGUCUCGGGGAACUAUAUGUGCAAGCACAAAGGAUGUUUGAUGAUCGAUUGUAUACACAGUUGCUUGGAGUCAUACACAUGGCUAUUAAACCAGCCAUAGUGGCCAAGGAUAACUGUGAAAUUGACUAUGGACAUGUUCCACCUGUACUACGUACUGUGCUUGAGAUUCUUCCAAUGUUAUGUCCAACAGAGCACAUUCCUUCAAUGUGGCUUAUUCUUCUUCGGGAUUUUUCUCAAUAUCUGCCAAGAUUGGAUUCUACUGUACAAAUUGAGGAAGAUGAUGCGGAGGAAGUUAGCACUAAUUCUCCGAGUUCUUUAUCAAAGAAAUCAGCAACAGCCAGCAUUCCUAAUUAUAUGUUUGCGGAAAAGCUUGUUCCGUUGUUGGUAGAUCUUUUCCUUCAGGCUCCAGCUGUUGAAAAGUAUAUCUUGUAUCCUGAAAUUAUUCAAAGUCUUGGGAGGUGUAUGACAACAAGAAGAGACAAUCCAGAUGGUUCUCUUUGGAGAUUAGCUGUUGAAGGCUUCAAUCGCAUUCUUAUUGAUGAUGCCAGCAACUCAACUGUAAAUGCUGGAUCAGAUUCAUGCGCUAGUAAGCCUGCAAGAACACGUAUAUGGAAGGAAGUUGCCGAUGUUUAUGAAGUAUUCCUUGUGGGUUAUUGUGGCCGAGCUCUUCCUUCUGAUUCCUUCUCAACAGUGGAUGUAAAGGCUGACGAGUCCCUUGAGAUGACUAUCUUGCAUAUUCUUGGCAACAAGGUUUUGAAGUCACCAAGUGAUGCACCUAUCGAUAUUUUGCAGCGUCUCAUUUCCACCUUGGACCGCUGUGCUUCUCGUACUUGUUCUUUACCUGUUGAUUUUGUGGAACGCAUGCCUUCCCACUGCAGCAGGUUUUCCUUAAUUUGCCUACAGAAGUUGUUUUCCUUAAGCAGUUAUGACACCAAAGACCAUGAUUGGAAUACAGCGAGAUCUGAGGUGAGUAGAAUCGCAAUCAUGGUACUGAUAAUGAGAUGUGAAUACAUCUUAAGCAGAUUUCUGAUUGACGAGAAUGAAUUAGGUGGACGCCCAUUGCCAGCAGUAAGGCUUGAAGAAAUCAUAUAUGUUCUUGAAGAGUUGGGCCGACUAGUAAUUCAUUCAGAUACAGCAUCCAUUCUUCCCUUGCAGCCAUAUUUGAAAGGUGCCCUAUCAAGAGAAAAGAACUAUGAUAAGCGGUCACACCUUCUUGUUCUGUUUCCAUCGUUUUCUGAGCUUAUAGUAUCAAGAGAAGCAAAAGUAAGAGCAUCGGUGCAAGUCUUAUGUAGACUUGUCAGCAAAGAAUUGUCACUUGAAAGAGUUUCCCUUACCAGUCAAACUGUGGAAGAAUCUCAAAGUAUACAGCAGUCCUAAGUUGGUUCCAGAAUCUAUAAUAGUUUAAUACAAGGUUUGUUGAGGAAUUUUUCAUUCAUCCUCGAUUUUUUAGUGUUGCAUAGUUUGUGUACAUUAUGUCAAAAUAUGUUGUAUGAAAACAGUUUCCUCAGCAUGAUGUGUUGGGGAACCAGAUUUUGAUUGUUUGGUGUAAAGGCUGUAAAGAGUUCUCUUUAUUUAAGACUACAAGUGCAAUGCCAAGCCGUGCGAUAUUGUGUUG